AUGUCCGGGGUCGCUGACACGCCGGUGCCAAUGGAGGUGGUCGACUUGUCCGCGGGGUGGUCGUUCAAGCAGCGUGAUGAUGCUGGUGAAAAUGCCUGGUAUCCGGUCAAGAAGGUUCCUUCCACUGUGCACCAGGACUUGAUCGACAACAAGAAGCUGGAUGAUCCCUUCCUCGGGUUCAACGAGAUCAAGGCAGAGUGGGUGGGUUUGAAAUCCUGGACUUACCGGACCACAAUCGCCAACCCAUCUGUACUACCGCGAGGCUCCAAAGCUGUACUGGCCUUUGACGGUCUGGACACUUUUGCUCAUGUCAGGUUAGACGGCAAAACCAUCCUGCGAAGCGACAACAUGUUCUUGCCACACCGCGUCGACGUCACAGAAGCCAUUCAAUCAUCCAGAGUGGACCAGGACCACAGUUUGGAGGUGGAGUUCGAACCGGCCUUCCUGAAAGCCCGGGAAAUCAAGGACCAGCAUCCAGAGCAUAAGUUUAUCUGUUUCAACGGUGAUCCGGCACGUCUGGCGGUCAGGAAAGCACAGUAUCACUGGGGCUGGGACUGGGGACCUCUGCUCAUGUGCGCAGGGAUUUGGAGACCUGUUCGUCUGGAGAUGUAUUCCAUCAGGAUAGCUGAUCUGCGGACCGGUGUUACCAUUGCGGACGACUACAAGCUCGCCGCUAUCCAGGCCUCUGUGGAGGUUGAAGGGCUCGAGAACCAGCAUCAUGGCCGUAUUGUCCAAGUCCGCUUCACCGUCAGUCUCGGCGAUAGAGAGGUCUUUUCACGCCAGGCCGAUGUGACGCCGCUGGGGGGAAGGCACAAGGCCACUGCUACUGCCCACCUCGAGGUUUCCGAUCCGCAAUUGUGGAUGCCCAACGGGUACGGCCAGCAGCCGCUGUAUACCGUGAGUGUGACCCUCUCGACCGAAGAAGGGACUGUUUUGCACCAAGACUCUCGCCGCAUCGGUCUGCGCAAGGUGCAACUCGUCCAGGAGCCUGAUUCCCACGGAAAGUCGUUCUACUUUCGCGUCAACGAUGUCGACAUCUUCUGCGGUGGCUCAUGCUGGAUUCCUACCGAUAGCUUCUUGACGAACGUGACACCCGAGAAGUAUCGAGCGUGGAUCGAGUUGAUGGUGCCGGCGAACCAGAAAAUGAUCAGAGUUUGGGGGGGAGGAAUUUACGAAAACGACGCCUUUUACGACGCAUGCGAUGAGCUGGGGAUCAUGGUGUGGCAGGAUUUCAUGUUUGGAUGUGGAAACUAUCCCUGCUUCCCGGCAAUACUCACGUCGAUCGAAGCAGAGGCCGUGGCCAAUGUUCGGCGGAUCCGUCACCACCCUUCCCUGGUGAUUUUUGCCGGCAACAAUGAAGACUACCAAGUGCAAGAGUCGGCCCAUUUGACCUACGACUACGAAGACAAGACCGAGGAACAUUGGCUGAAAUCUGACUUCCCAGCACGCUACAUCUAUGAAUCCUUACUACCGAGAAUCUCGGCGGCAGAGGCUCCCUGGAUCCCAUACCAUCCAGGAUCGCCCUGGGGUGACGGCAAGAUCAGCUCGGACCCCACCGUAGGAGACAUGCACCAGUGGAAUGUCUGGCACGGGACGCAGGAGAAAUACCAAAUCUUUGAUUCAUUGGGAGGACGGUUCAACUCCGAGUUUGGCAUGGAGGCGUUCCCACACAUUGCGACGAUCAAGUCGUUUGUUGAGAGAGAGGAAGAUCUGUACCCCCAAAGUCAUGUGCUAGAUUUUCACAACAAGGCGGAUGGUCAUGAAAGACGGAUUGCUACGUACCUGGUGGAGAAUGUGAGGACGGCAACAGAGCUCGAGGCGUAUAUCCACUUGACCCAGCUGAUCCAAUGCGAGGCUCUGAUGUUUGGAUAUCGCGGCUGGCGGAAGCAAUGGGGCGACGACCGACGCUGCGGCGGAGCCCUGGUGUGGCAGCUCAACGACUGCUGGCCGGUGACUAGUUGGUCGAUUGUCGACUACUACCUGAGGAGAAAACCGGCGUACUAUGCCAUGGCGCGUGUUCUAGCCCCGGUAGCGGUCGGAAUUCGUCGAUCCCACCACGACUGGAGUGUAACACACGCGCGCGAACCCCGGACGCAGGAUUGGGAGCUGUGGGUCGUCAGUGCAAAGCUGACCGAGAUCACCGCCGAUGUGGAGGUCAAGUUCGUGUCCGUCCAGACAGGUCUGGAGAUCAAGGACAGGAUUGUGAAGAAGGGAGUCAAGGUCGCUCCCAACGGAACUACCGACGUUCUCAAGGGGCAGGUUGACAAUGUGCACGAGGAGCCCCAUGUCCUGGCCGCGCGGAUUUGGGUCGACGGCACAUUGGUUGCUCGUGACACCGAUUGGCCGCAGCCUCUAAAAUAUCUCCAGUUUCCCGAUCGGAACGUCAAGGUCGAAAUGGUGGGUGACGAGAUGCAUGUCUCUGCAGGAAAGCCGGUCAAGUGUCUUGUGUUUGAAGAGCGGGAAGGGUGUCAUCUUAGCGACAGCGCGAUUGACUUGGUGCCCAAUGACCAACAGAUUAUCCGAGUGCGAGGACUCAAGGCUGGAGAACCACCACUCAACUGGACAUACCUGGGGGCUGGGGAGCAAUGA